UCAGUAUCAGUACAUUAUUGGAGGCGCCAUUAUCGUGGGCUUCAAAUGCUCAGACCUUCUGAAAUUUGAAGAUUCUAUUUCCGGAAAGUGAUUGAUCGCUCACGUUAUUGGGUCGUUCUCAUUCGAUUGAAACGUGAAGUUUUGUGGGAAGAUUCUAUGUUUUGAUCGGUUAUUGUUUAAAGGGUUUUUUCGCUGCGGCUACGAGAUGAGGAACAAAUCGCAGGCGGCAAAAUCUGGGGAGAAUGCAGAAUUGAGCACAGAAGCAACACACGAAAGCACAAUGACACCAUCUGAGAAAUCAGAAGGAGGUACCAAUCCAUCCUUGAAGAAAGUAAAAUCACCAUCCACCAGUCGAAGUUCUUCUAAAAAGAAAGUGAAUACGGUCUCUAUCCGUCGAUCGGAGCGUAUACAAAAUUCUACGCCUCUAAACUUCAAAAUACAGAACGUUGUUGAAGAGAUUACUCUUAGUGAAAGUGAUAAAGAAGACGAGUUACCUACUGACCAUGAGAAAAGUUCUCCAUCUCCUAGCAAACAGAAUGGUUGGCCAGAGUUAAUGAUGGGGACAAGGAGUUUUGAAGCGAAAAUUGACGAUAUUCUUAAACUAUUCGAAACACAUGGCCAUACCUUAGACUCAAUAAAGACAGAGGUAAUCAAACGAUCGUUCUUAGUCGAAACAGUACCUACGCCCGAUAUGAACUACAAGAGCAUGUAUAUAGCUUCCCAGAAAAAGAUUGAAGAACUAGCUGAAGAAAAUCGAGUGCUUACGAAAAAGUUGGAGAAUGCUCACGAACGAUUCGAAGCGAUUGUGCAGUACAAGAACGGGAAUCGUGAUGCUUUUGUAAUGUUGGAGAAGUUGAAGGAUGUUGUUUUGAUCUUGAACGGUUUGAGAGCUUCUGAAUCGACUCAAGCUACGUCUCAAGUAGAACUCGACAAGGUUACGGUUCUCAACGCUGGCAAUGUACCUCCUUCAAGCAAGAGAAAGAAGCUCACUAAACAAAAAUGAACUUGAAUAUGAGUUCCUUCUUGAUGCUUGUAACUCCUCCCUUGCUUGCUUACUCUUUAGUUAAGACUUUUGUUAUGUUGCAGUUCUUUGUUUGUUGGACUAUACAAUACAAUGGUGGCCCUUCUUAAAAUAUAUUAAAUUAUAAAUUUUGUU